ACUUCCAUUGAAGUUGGUACAUCUCUCAAUAGUGUCCACUUGUACUUUGCACCCUGGAUCACAAUCUUUUCAAGUGUUAAUCAUCCUCCAAUCGCUCCCUCUUCUACUCCUUCUUCUUCAAUUCCUAGAUCCUUAUUCUCUCCUCCAUUUUCGAUGGAAACGUUCUUUUAACACGUUUAGUUCCAUCGUAUCUCUCAUCUGGCAACUCAAUAUACAUAAGACCAUCUUGAACUGCACACCCUUUAUAUAUAGCUUGCACCAAAACCUUUCAUCACCAACCGCCUACCUCUUUCAUUCUCACUCUCCCUUUGGAGUCCUGCAAAAUCCAGCCAUGGCUUCAUUGAAUUCGAUUCUAUCUUCUGUGCUCCUAGUUUUAACCAUAGUUGCUUCCCUUGCGUCACCGUCUUUCUCGACAUCGAGAGGAGCCCUCGAGAACAAGGAAGCUAAGCAAAUUGGAUUUAGGGUGACCCUAAAGCAUGUGGAUCAUGGGAAGAACUUCACCAAGUUCGAGCGUCUACAGCGUGCGAUGAAGCGUGGAAAAAGUCGCUUACAAAGGCUAAAUGCCAUGGUUUUGGCGGCUGAGGAUAACACCGAAUUGGAGUCUCCGGUCCAUGCGGGGAAUGGAGAAUUUCUCAUGCAAUUGUCGAUGGGCACACCCCCGUAUAGUUUCUCGGCGAUCGUCGACACGGGGAGCGAUCUUAUAUGGACUCAGUGCAAGCCAUGCAGGCAAUGUUUCGAUCAGUCAACGCCGAUUUUUGACCCGAAGAAGUCCUCCACCUUCUCCAAGCUCACGUGCACCAGCCAACUUUGCGAGGUGCUACCAACUUCGUCAUGCGGCAGCGACGGGUGCGAGUACUUAUAUACCUACGGCGAUUACUCUUCAACACAAGGUAUUCUAGCCUCAGAGACUUUCACGUUCGCCGAUUCGGUUUCUAUCCCCAAAGUCGGGUUCGGGUGCGGCGAGGACAAUGAGGGAAGCGGGUUCGACCAGGGCGCGGGCCUAGUUGGCCUAGGGCGCGGCCCCUUGUCCUUGGUCUCACAACUUGGUGUGCCCAAAUUCUCUUAUUGCUUGACAUCAAUUGACGACACUAAAACAAGCAAGCUCUUGAUGGGAAGUGAAGCAACCGGUGGGAACCUCUCAACAAGUGCAAUGAAAACGACCCCAUUACUCAAGAACCCAUCACAACCUUCCUUUUACUAUCUUUCUCUUGAAGGCAUCUCUGUAGGUGACACUCUCUUGCCCAUCAAGAAAUCCACUUUUGCCUUGCAAAGUGAUGGGAGCGGCGGCCUAAUAAUAGACUCGGGCACAACCAUCACAUACAUUGAGGAGAGUGCUUUUGAUUUGGUUAAAAAGGAGUUCAAGUCCCAAACCAAGCUCACCGUGGAUGACUCGGGCUCGACGGGGCUCGACCUUUGCUUCAAGCUGCCCUCGGACACAAGCCAGGUUGAGGUGCCGAAGCUGAUCUUCCACUUCGAAGGGACGGAUCUGGAUCUGCCGGGGGAGAACUACAUGAUCGCAGAUUCGACCGUGGGAUUGGUUUGCUUGGCCAUGGGGAGUUCAAAUGGCAUGUCCAUCUUUGGGAACGUCCAGCAACAGAACACGUUGGUAAUCCAUGAUCUCGAGAAGGAAACUCUGUCGUUCCAUCCCACGAAAUGCGACAAAUUGUGAGUCGUGAUAUGUGUGUAAUCAAUUGCUUGCAUUAUACUUAUGUUUGUUUGCGCUGCUCCGAUUACAUUUGGUGGUACGACUUUUUUUAUGAUUGCUAAUCAAUUAGUCAGUCAAUAAAAGAACAUUUUUCUCA